AUGAUGGCAGAAGAAAGUCGGGGCAAGCGGAGGAAACAAGCCAACCCGAGGAGGAACCGAGUGGAUGCUGAGCAAGUGAGUUCACUAGGAUCUGAGGGGGAGGAUGAGGUGGGUCUGUGGAGCCUGGAGCCCCAGGACUGCCAGGAGAGCCUGGACAAGACUAGUUUGACUCCUAGCGAGGAGACGGAGGAGACCGUUAGCCCUGCUCGCUCCACGCGUCCCCACAGCCUCAGCCCAGGCAGCAGGAGCUACUCGUCACAGGUGGAGCAGGAGACGGAGGCAGCAGAAGACGCCACCAACGCAUCUCCCACUGACAGGGAGGGAGACCAGGAACCACUGAGGAUGUACUGUAAGAACGCCGACUCCCAAAAUUCUUUGGAGGACCUGGCCCACUAUGAAUUUCUGGCCCAGUUGAGGAAGGCCUCGACCUCAGCCAGUCUCUUGGACCAUCUGAACCACAAUGGCACGGCAGCAGUGGUGUACCAUCCGGGGAGCAGGCACGAGGAGCUGCCACCUGCCAUCUGGUCACCAGGCGCUCAGCACCGCUCACCCGAGGGAGCAGAUGCAGGGAGGACCCAGCAGGCAUGUCCAUUCUGCCACAGGAUGUAUCAGCGAGGAACCUCUUUGAAGGACCACAUGAAGUACUGUCUGGAGCGGGAGGGGGGUCACAUGGUCUGCCCGCUCUGUGGAUACACUGCCACCCUUAGGGCACAGAUGGAACGGCACCUGGCUCUUCACAACCAAGUGCAGGACAAGCGUGUCAUCACUUUGGAUCAAGGCAUCGAGACCAGGAAGUUCAAAUGUUCGCAGUGUGGGAAAGCCUUCAAGUACAAACAUCACCUCAAAGAGCAUCUCCGCAUCCACAGCGGUGAGAAACCCUAUGAGUGCUCCAACUGCAAGAAACGUUUCUCUCACUCUGGCUCCUACAGCUCCCACUUGAGCAGCAAAAAGUGUCUGAAUGGUGGAGGAAAUGGAGGAGGAAUUGCAGGAGGAGCCAGCGGGGCAUUUAACGGACACAGCCAAAGCUCCUACCACCACUCAUUUCCAACAUCUCCCUCUGCAGGUGUGGGGAGAAACAGUUCUGACAAGGGCUCCCCGUUGGCUUCACAGACCCAAGAUCAUGCCGGGCCUCUAUGUCGGGUCCCAGAGGAUGCUCACCCGCUUGCCCUGCAGGACCCCAACCUCAACCCCGCCAGAGCGUCAGACCUGGCUCGGCUCUGGGACCCCUCAGCAGAGCUCUCCCUCAGGGCCAGUAUACUAAAAGGCACCACCCUGCUGCCGUAUCUGCACUCUGGGGCCAAAUUUGAACAGAUGCUGCAGGAGAUGCUUCACAGGGAGGUGAGGAAAGACGAGGAGAUGGACAGAGGAGGAGGAGGAGGAGGAGGAGUGGCAAUGGAGGAAAGGAAGUUGAUUUACAACGGAGGAGGGCUUGACAGGAAGGUGUCGCCUGACAGGAGAAGAGAAGCAGCGAGGUCAGGUGAAGGGGAGAGAGGUGUGCUUGGGGUGACUUGUCGUUGGUGCUCCCAGCUUUUCCCCAAUGUGGCCGUGCUCCUGCAGCACGAGCGCUACCUCUGCAAGAUGAACCGAGAGGCAGUGGAGGUGCCCGAGGGUCUCCGCAGCAAAGACCACUACUCGCCACCUUUGUUCUUCCCCAACUCUGCUCUCCAACCGGUGAGCAGCAAACUGGGUGAAGCAUCCAACGGCCUGUCCGGAAACAAAUCACCACUGCAGAAGCCCAGCUGGCACUCUUUACCGCAGCAGCUCUUGGUGGCCAUGUACUCUCCCCCACAGCCCCACCAUGACGGCCCCUCCUCCCGAGCGUACUGCUCCAGCCAGGACAAGGGAAGCCCAAGCCAUCCAAUCAACCACUCCCCGGGGCUGUCAUCACCUCGGGUCAGAAAGAGGGUUCCCUCUUCAGGUUUCGGUUCUCCAGUCUGCCUGGACCUCACCAGCUGUCCUCCUGAACUGACCUCCCCUCUGAACCAGCCCAGCAGCCCCUGGUGUGCACAGAACGAGCCUCUGGACCUCUCCCUGCCCAAGCAGCUCUCAGACCAGGAGGGGAGACACAAAACUGUAAACGGCAACUCAGCCAGAGGAGAGAGGAGAGAGAAAAUGACCCAGCAACUCAGGAGACCCAGUCCAACGUCACACCUCCCUCUUCACCACCAUCCGGUCUACAGCGGGGCCGGAGCUCCUAUGUUUCCAGGUUCCUUAUUUAAUGGAUUCCCUAUCUUCAACCAGGCUGGUUUAGGGCUUUCGGGACAUGAUGGCAUCACAGCGAUUCCUUUCAGCCAGCAAGCUAAAAGCCCAGGGUUUCUCUCUCCUAUGGCUUUCAUGAUGGACGCAGAAGCAGAGGCGACUCUGAAAAAGAUCCACCAGGAGAGACAAGCUCUCAUGGGUGAAGUGCUAGGCCAUGGAGCUCUAGACUACCUCUCCCUCAUGGAUGAAGGACUGGAGGGAGAUGGGGGACCCGGGAGGAAAAGACUGAAGAAGACAGACGAGGGUCUAUAUGCUUGUGACAUCUGUGAAAAAACUUUCCAGAAGAGCAGCUCUCUGCUCCGACACAAAUACGAGCACACAGGUAAACGUCCUCACGAGUGCAAGAUCUGCAACAAGGCCUUCAAGCAUAAGCACCAUCUGAUCGAGCACAGCCGGCUGCACUCUGGAGAGAAACCCUACCAAUGUGACAAAUGUGGCAAACGCUUCUCUCACUCCGGUUCAUACUCCCAGCACAUGAACCACCGCUACGCCUACUGCAGCAAAGACCAGGAUCCAGACCAAGACCACGAGGAGAUGCCUUUCACCCCAGGGGAAGGCAGUAAUCUCGGGGUCCGCCUCGUUGAUGAGACCCCUCUGUCCAUGGAGGACACUCAGACGGCGCACUCCUUCCUCAGCGAUUCCAGUCUUGAUGGAGCUGCAGAGGCCCUCAAGGAGGAGGAAGAGGAAGAAGAGGAGGAGGAUAAAGACGCAGGUGUUAGUGAUGGUCAUGUGGAAGAGGCACUAGUGGGUUUGUCAGGGGCGGCGGAGGAGCUGGGAGGUAGCACCGCCCUUGGAUCACCUACAGUGGAGAAUGGAGUGCAAACCGAGAGAAAUUGUUACGAUAAUGGAAACCACAUUUACAAAACAGAGAGACAAUUCUGGGACGGAGACACUGAGGGCCAGAAUGGAGACUUGGACAAAUGUGAACUUAGCCUGGAUUUAACAGAUUUACCUAGAAUAAAAACUUAAGGUGAUUACAACAAGCCAAUACAAUGCAUAUACUAUAUAUAUAUAUUUAGCAUUUUGAUAUACUUUUCCUCUCAUGUAUAUAUAUAUAUAUAAAACUGAUUUUUACAUUCUUACAUUAAAAAAUAUGCACAGAACUUCCAAAGCUUAGGGGGCCUUAAAGUGGAUGAAGCCAUACAAACAAAAUAUAUGUGACAAUACAAAUUAUAGUAUUUUAUAAUGCAAAAUACACUUAAUGUACCUACGGCGCCUUUUGUUUGUCUUUGUUUUGUUGUAAUUGUUUUAGUUUGCCGGGACAGCCUAAAACACAUUUGGGUUGACUCAUCUGAGGUCAUAUAUCCAGAUGUGACAUUGCAUAAAUCUCACUUUUUAUUUUGCUUGCUGCUGCUGACUGUUGCACAACCCAUAAAGAAGAGACCUUUGUAUUUUAUGUCCAGUUUGCUUUGCUUGAAACAUUUCAACUGUUCUCAUGUAGCUGCACAACAGUGGGUGAAUUAAGAGACCGGUCUGCGUGGGAACGGAAGGAUUGUUACUUUUUGCGUGCCAUUAAAGUCAGAUCUUAGAUGUUACAGAUACAGCCAUAUCAAUCACACUCACUUUCAAGCAACAUUCAAUAACCUGUGGUAUUAUUUCAUACAAACACAUACCUCUUAUUUCAAGAAAUGAGCAAUAAUUUCUAACAUGUUUUACAUGAAAAUACGCACAUGCCGUCAUUAUUCUGUCCCAAAGCUAUUGAGAGCUUGGUUUAUAUGGAAGUGCUCCUUUUUACCAUUCAUGCUGUGAAAUAACAAUGUACAACCACCUCAUCUCUUCAGGUUAACUAUGGUGCUCAGUGGCUUUGACUAAUCAGCAGUCUAUUCUAGUAGUUUAGAGCAAGCAGUAAAAAGAGGAAGAACUGGAAGGUGGUUGUUUAUUUAUUAUUUUAAACAAAAAACAGUGGACUGCACCUUUUAAAUGGUAUGCUUUGCUAAGGGGACAGUCAUUCCUGCAUCUCUGUAUGUUAAAAGGGGUAAACAUGAAGUCAGUCUAAAGGGGAUUUCCUUCGAGGGAGCAGUUAAUAACUUGCACUGGCUCACUGUUUGUGUAAAAUCACACUGAGCUGCUUUAUUUAAUCUAAUACUGAAAUAUCCCUCAUUUCUCGUAAUAACUUACAUGUGUCAUUUUCUCACCCCCUGAAACAUUGGGGCUUUCUGUUGAGGUGUGGCGAGAGGGUCAAGACUCAGGACACAUACAUCUGCUUUUUAACUUCCUCUUUCUGACUGCAGUGUAGUCAACGUGAAAAGUGCCUCAGAUGUACUCAAGACGCUGUGAGUAAUGCGACAAGGCAUUGGUAGGAUGAGAUAAGACAGUGGUGCAUGAGGUGUGACUAAGCUUCUAGCAUUCAUGCAUACCGUGCGCCAAAGACACUUCUUGGUCAUAAUGUGUGUGUGUGUGUGUGUGUGUGUGCGUGUGUAUUUAUCAUCGAAGAUAUGCAAAUUUGACACGCCAACUGCCAAACUGCUUGUGCGUAGUUCCUUACCUGUUAUUUCUGGGUCAAAGAAUAUGCAAUUUUUUAUAAUGUUACAAGCAGUGUUUUUUUCAAUAUCUUUAACUUGCACCCAUGCAACUUUUGUAUUCACUUUUUAUAUAUGUUUUAUAAUG